GAACUCUUUCGAUUUUUACCUGAUCGAAUCAAUCAUCUUGUCAUGUCUUACUCCAUCGUGCCACUGUGAGUAUUGGCAAAGCUUCCCAAUUCAUGUGAACUUGAAUCAUAUACCCCUGGCGGUUCGUAGGUUUGAUGGCGCCACGAUCCCAUAUUCAUCUGUCCAUGAUUCUCCCAUGGGCGUCGAGGAUCUACAUCUAGGACUACGCACUGCAGUGCUUCAACUCUCAAUCAUAGCGCCAAGACUCAUGGAUGCACGGUUUGAGGGUCGUGUGCAUAUCUGUUUCCACUUCCCUCAUUGAAUCUCUUGUUAUCUGAGCACUCUCUUUAAAUCUCUUGUCAUCUAAUCAAUUGUAAUUCUGCAGCUGCAGGUCACGCUCACUCAUUACUUUUCAUAUUCUUUGCUUCAUACAACGGCUGGGCUGUUGAAUACGUUCAUUAAUACCUAAAUUCAAACAACGAAGGGCAGGAUACCAAACUACAUUUUUUAACGAUAUUAUUGAAGAGGAGGAUGAAGGGCUUUAUAAGAGCAACGCUAUUGGUGGCAGUGGGGGCAGCAGGCCUUGCACAGGGAUAUCGGUAUGAAGCUAGAGGUUUAAGUGAUAUCAUCGCCGCUCUCGAAGGAGGGGGGAAAGCGAGCGCAGCACCCGCGGUGACAAAAGAGAUCACAAAGACAAUGACGGUCACAAAGAGCGCUCAGGGAGCGGCGGCACCAACGGGGGCUGCAAUACAAGCUGCCGGAACUGGUGGCCAAUUCUCUUUCCUCACUUCGACCGUUUUCGCUUCAGGAGCUCCACCUACCGUUACUGUCACUCCACUACCUCAAAUGAUUACCCAAACAGUCACUGAGCAAUUAAUGGUAACUAUGAUGGCUACGCAAAUGUCAGUGGUUACAUCCAUGGUCACUAUGACUAUGAUGCAAACAACUACCGUCAUGGUAUCAGUCACUAUGCAAGGUGCUGCAACAGCAGCAUCAAUUAGCACAUCUUUAACCGAAGCUGCUAUUCAAGGAGCUACAACAGCAGCAUCAAUUAGCACAUCAUUGACCGAAGCUGCUAUUCAAGGAGCUACGAUCGCAAGUGUCACCACAUCAGCUGCGAUACAAGCUGGAAAAUCACCAGCUCCUGCACUUGGAGCUGCACAAGUCGCACAGCCAAAUCCUGUUGAUAUCAACACACUCGCCUUGUCCAGUAGUUUAGUCCUUGGUAAUCUUGCUGUGGCGACAGCGGUCUGA